CGAGCACUUCCGGAUCUCCGGGCAGGUUGGCGUGGUCGGCCUGCUAAAGCCGGCUCCUUGACUCGCGUGCGCGGGCCUGGUUUGCUUGUGGUCUCGCGCGCCUUCGUUUCCCAGCCUCAUGGCGGGGCUGACCCUGUUUGUAGGCCGCCUGCCGCCCUCGGCCCGCAGUGAGCAGCUGGAGGAGCUGUUCAGUCAAGUGGGGCCGGUGAAGCAGUGCUUCGUGGUGACUGAGAAAGGAAGUAAGGCAUGUCGAGGCUUUGGCUAUGUCACUUUUUCUAUGCUGGAAGAUGUUCAGAGGGCCCUCAAGGAGAUUACCACCUUUGAAGGCUGUAAGAUCAACGUGACUGUUGCCAAGAAGAAACUGAGGAAGAAGUCCAAGGAAAAGGGGGAAAAUGAAAAGUCAGAGUCCACAAAGAAGGAGCUGAAGCCAAAAAAACCCAAAGUAGCUGAUAAGAAAGCCAGGUUAAUUAUUCGGAACCUAAGCUUUAAGUGUUCAGAAGAUGACCUGAGAACGGUGUUUGCUCAAUAUGGAGCUGUCCUGGAAGUAAGCAUCCCCAGGAAGCCAGAUGGAAAGAUGCGUGGUUUUGCUUUUGUCCAGUUCAAAAACCUCCUAGAAGCAGGAAAAGCUCUCAAAAGCAUGAACAUGAAAGAGAUAAAAGGGCGGACAGUGGCUGUGGAUUGGGCCGUGGCAAAGGAUAAAUAUAAAAAUACACAGUCUGCCUCUGCACCAGGUGAGAAGAGGCUUGGACCUAAACAUCAGGAAUUAAGUAAAGAGAAUGGCAGGGAAGAAGAGGAUGGUACAGAAGAGGAAGAAGAUGAGGAGGAGGAGGGGGAGGACAAUAAAGAAGCAAGGGUGACCAAGCCUACACAAAUUCCAAAGAAUUCUGAACUGUGCCAUUGCAGAGCCAUCAAGAAGGCCCCAACUGUAGAGAGCAGCGAGGAGGAUCAUUCUGACGAGGACAGCGACCUGGAGGAAAGCGAUAGCGUUGAUGAUGGAGACGAACUGGCUGAGAGUGACACCGACAGUGAACAGCAAGAGGAUGAAGAUGUACAAGUCUCAAAGAAAAAGAAGAGGAAGUUACCCUCUGAUGUGAAUGAAGGGAAGACCGUUUUUAUCAGAAACCUGUCUUUUGACUCAGAGGAAGAAGAACUCGGGGAGCUCCUCCAGCAAUUUGGAGAUCUCAAAUACGUCCGUGUCGUCUUACAUCCAGACACAGAGCAUUCUAAAGGUUGUGCCUUUGCCCAGUUCAUGACUCAAGAAGCAGCGCAGAAAUGCCUUGAAGCUGCUUCUCCAGAGACUGAGGGCGGUGGGCUUAAACUGGAUGGCCGACUGCUCAGAAUCGACUUGGCCGUGACGCGUGACGAGGCUGCAAAGCUCCAGACAAAGAAGGUGAAGAAGCCAACUGGAACCCGGAACCUUUACCUGGCCAGAGAAGGCUUGAUUCGUGCUGGGACUAAGGCUGCUGAGGGUGUGAGUGCCGCUGAUAUGGCCAAAAGAGAACGGUUUGAGCUGCUGAAACAUCAGAAACUCAAGGACCAGAAUAUCUUUGUCUCCCAGACCAGACUCUGCCUGCACAACCUCCCAAAGGCUGUGGAUGACAAAGAGCUCAGAAAGCUGCUGCUGAAUGCCACACGAGGGGAAAAAGGGGUGCGCCUCAAGGAGUGUAGGGUGAUGCGAGAUCUCAAAGGAGCGCAUGGAAAGGUUAAGGGCCAGUCCCUGGGCUACGCCUUUGCAGAGUUCCAGGAGCACGAGCAUGCCCUGACAGCCCUUCGCCACAUCAACAACAAUCCCGAGAUCUUUGGGCCUCUGAAGAGACCGAUAGUGGAGUUCUCUUUGGAAGAUCGAAGGAAACUUAAAAUAAAGGAACUGAGGAUUCAGCGCAGCCUGCAAAAAGUGAAAUCCAAGCCUGCAACUGGCGAGCCCCAGCAGGAACAGCCAGUGCUUGGAAAAGACCGGCAGCGGAAAGCAGCUCAAGACCACACACAGGAACAAAGCAAGGCCGCCCUGGAGCAGAAGGGAAAGGUGCAUUCUACCUCGUGGACGGGGUUCCAGACCAAGGCUGAAGUGGAGCAGGUGGAGCUGCCUGAUGGAAAGAAGAGAAGGAAGGUCCUGGUGCUCCCCUCACACCGAGGCCCCAAAAUCAGGCUCCGGGACAAAGGCAAAGUGAAGUCUCUCCCUCCCAAAAAGCCAAAGCCCCAGAUAAACCAGCAGAAGCAAGAGAAGCAGAAAUUACCUUCCAAGCAGACACCUAGGAGAAAAGCUAAGGGAAAUAAGACUGAAAUCCGCUUCAACCAGCUGGUCGAACAAUAUAAGCAGAAAUUAUUGGGACCUUCUAAAGGAGUACCUCUUGCGAAGAGGAGCAAAUGGUUUGAUAGUUGAUGAUGGUAGCAGACUGGAUAAGAAGCUGGAUUGUGCACUUCUUGGUAAAGCUCCCAGAUCUCCCUCCACGCCCUCAUGUUAUCCUCUGAUAGGAUACUCCCUUUCCUACCCAGUUCACCACCACUUUGGUGAGAGGCCCCCUGGGCUCUACAUGUUUGAACUUUGGGCCCUCCCCGGUGGGUGAUUAGUGACCCACAAAGAGAAAGCUCAGAAAAACAUUUGGAUGCUUCUUGUGUAUUAUCCAGGUUACUGUGUGAAUUGUGUCUAUAACUGUUACUCAAUCCUUUGUUUCUCAAAUGGAAAAAAUUGUAAAGAGCA